CCCCAGCCAUGGCUGCGAUCCGAAAGAAGCUGGUGAUUGUAGGGGAUGGUGCCUGUGGGAAGACCUGCCUCCUCAUCGUCUUCAGCAAGGAUCAGUUUCCAGAGGUCUACGUCCCUACGGUCUUUGAGAAUUACAUUGCAGACAUAGAGGUGGAUGGGAAGCAGGUGGAGCUGGCUCUGUGGGACACUGCGGGGCAGGAAGACUAUGAUCGUCUGCGGCCUCUCUCCUACCCGGACACGGAUGUCAUCCUCAUGUGCUUCUCCAUCGACAGCCCGGACAGCCUGGAAAACAUUCCAGAGAAAUGGACCCCGGAGGUGAAGCACUUCUGCCCUAACGUUCCCAUCAUCCUAGUGGGGAAUAAGAAGGACCUGAGGCAAGACGAGCACACCCGGAGAGAGCUGGCCAAGAUGAAGCAGGAGCCUGUUCGAUCUGAGGAAGGUCGGGACAUGGCGAAUCGGAUCAGUGCCUUUGGCUACCUCGAGUGCUCAGCCAAGACUAAGGAGGGGGUUCGGGAGGUGUUCGAGAUGGCUACUCGGGCCGGCCUCCAGGUCCGCAAGAAUAAGCGCCGGAGGGGCUGCCCCAUUCUCUGAGGUCCCCCUCACCUCCCUGGUUUGCCCCGCUUCCUUCACAAGGGUGUACGAGUAACCCACCCACCCGAACUGCACCCUUAGCAGGCCGUGCUGAAGGCACUCUUCUCAGUUCCCUCCUGCCCAGGACUGCAUUGAGUUUCCUCACCCGAGGAGGUGGUGGUGGGCCCUCCCUUCCUCCCUCUCCCUGGCAACCAGGCCCAGGCCGGUGCCCUGUCCUUCCUGAGCAGAGGCCCUGCCCCUGCAGCCUUGGCCCAGGGGUGGGGCACCUGCUCCCUUUGGCCUUCCCCAGAGAACAGUCACACACCAGCACUUUAUAUACUUCUGGCUCGCAGGAGGUCGAGGGUAGGGGACUGGGGUUUCUGCUCUGGGCAGGGGCCUCUGUGCUUUCACUUGGCUGGGGGCAUGAAUAAAAGUUGCAGGUUCCAACGUG